CGCAGAGGGCGGCAUGCGGGACUACGACGAGGUGACCGCCUUCCUGGGCGAGUGGGGGCCCUUCCAGCGCCUCAUCUUCUUCCUGCUCAGCGCCAGCAUCAUCCCCAACGGCUUCAAUGGCAUGUCGGUCGUCUUCCUGGCGGGGACCCCCGAGCACCGCUGCCGGGUGCCGGACGCCGCGAACCUGAGCGGCGCGUGGCGCAACCACAGCGUCCCGCUGCGGCUGCAGGACGGCCGCCAGGUGCCGCACAGCUGCCGCCGCUACCGGCUGGCCGCCAUCGCCAACUUCUCGGCGCUCGGGCUGGAGCCGGGGCGCGACGUGGACCUGGCGCAGCUGGAGCAGGAGAGCUGCCUGGACGGCUGGGAGUUCAGCCGGGACGUCUACCUGUCCACCAUCGUGACCGAGUGGAACCUGGUGUGUGAGGAGGACUGGAGGAUACCGCUCACCACCUCCCUGUUCUUCGUGGGCGUGCUCCUGGGCUCCUUUGUGUCGGGGCAGCUGUCGGACAGGUUUGGCAGGAAGAGCAUCCUCUUCACGACCAUGGCUGUGCAAACCGGCUUCAGCUUCCUGCAGAUUUUCUCCGUCAACUGGGAGAUGUUCACGGUGCUGUUUGUCAUCGUGGGCGUGGGCCAGAUCUCCAACUACGUGGUAGCCUUCAUACUAGGAACAGAAAUUCUUGGCAAGUCAGUUCGUAUCAUAUUCUCCACGUUAGGAGUCUGCACAUUCUUUGCAGUUGGCUACAUGCUGCUGCCGCUGUUUGCUUACUUCAUCCGAGACUGGCGGCUGCUGCUGCUGGCGCUGACGGUGCCGGGGUUGCUGUGCGUCCCGCUGUGGUGGUUCAUUCCUGAAUCUCCCCGGUGGCUGAUAUCCCAGAGGAGAUUUCAAGAGGCUGAAGACAUCAUCCAGAAAGCUGCAAAAAUGAACAACAUAGAGACACCGGCAGUGAUAUUUGAUCCUGUGGAGGAGCUAAACCCCCUGAAGCAGCACAGAGUUUUCAUCCUGGACCUGUUCAGGACUGCGAACGUGGCCGCGAUAACCGUCAUGUCUCUGCUGCUGUGGAUGCUAACCUCAGUGGGUUACUUUGCUCUUUCUCUCGAUGCCCCUAAUUUGCACGGAGAUGCCUACCUGAACUGUUUCCUCUCCGCCUUGAUUGAAGUCCCAGCUUACGUCACGGCCUGGCUGCUGCUUCGAACCCUACCCCGGCGUUAUAUCAUAGCCGGGGUGCUGUUCUGGGGAGGGGCUGUGCUUCUCUUAAUUCAACUGGUACCUGCAGAUUACUACUUCUUGUCCAUUGGUCUGGCCAUGUUGGGAAAAUUUGGGGUCACUGCUGCUUUCUCCAUGCUGUAUGUCUUCACAGCAGAGCUCUACCCGACGCCGGUCAGGAACAUGGCCGUGGGGGUCACGUCCAUGGCCUCCAGGGUGGGCAGCAUCAUCGCUCCCUACUUUGUCUACCUCGGUGCUUACAACAGGCUGCUGCCCUACAUCGUCAUGGGCAGUCUCACCGUCCUGAACGGAAUCAUCACCCUGUUCUUCCCCGAAAGCUUGGGGAUGGCUCUCCCAGAGACCCUGGAGCAGAUGCAGAAAGUGAAGGGGUUCAGAUCAUGGAAAAAACCAAGACAGUCAAUGGAGACAGAAGAAAAUCCCAAGGUUCUAAUAACUGCAUUCUGAUAAAAUUUCUACCCUUUUGGUGAACUGGAAAACAGAUAAAUAAGACUCUGUGAAAAACCGAAGCCUUUCCUGCCGAAAUGGACCGAAUAUUAGCAAUUAACACUAAAAUGGACUUUGUUAUCCAGAAAUGCUUGUCGUGUCGUAAACUUUGGACUGUUCUUCCAGAUAAUGUCCUUGUUUUUAAAAACAAACUAUUUCUAGAGAGCCUUCUUACUAAUUAAUUCAAGGAAAUGGAUUGGUAAGAUAUUUUUGAAAAUAUGUUAGUAAAAGACUAAUAAAGCACAUAUAAAGAUUAACAUUCAUUUCGUAACAUACAAAUUACUACCCAAAUAAAAAGAAUGUCAUUGUGUGAAGUCAACUAUUAGACAACAAC